UCUCUGCACACAUCCAUACACACAAACCCUCCCGCGCACACGCUUCCAGCAGCUGAGCCGUUGGUUGUCAGUCUUGGAAUGUCGUCGCUGCCGGCGGGAGUCAGAUGCUCGGCUGCUAAGCGCCGCUGAGGAGCAGGAGAAGCAUCGCCUCAUCCCGCAGGCUACUCCGGAGCGUAGUCCGCCCUCCCGUCCGAAGUCAGCUGGAACAGGCGCUUGCUCCCUGCCGACCCCACGAGAAAGAAAAACGAGCGGUCUCGCACUGAAGUCACUGAUGGUAUCGUCACUCGGGUGCAGGUAUCCGCUGUUUGGGAUCACCGCGAGGACUACGAUGCGCGUUGUGCUCACACUACUUUGCAGCCGACAUCAAGUCCCUAGCUCCUAUCCGUAAUUCCCAAGUCGUCAUUCCACAAGUGUCCCCACCUCACCCCACCUCAAGCUCGGAUACCAUGCUCGUCGACCAGGUGGUCCUGAUGCUGUGCACGCUGUGGCCCGCCGUUGCCCUGCCGCUGGCCCCUGGAAAUAUCGGGAAUGUGUUUGCAAUGCAAGAGGGCGACGGCAGAAUCCUGCAGCGCUCCAAGCGCGGAUGGAUGUGGAAUCAGUUCUUUCUGAUGGAGGAAUACACGGGAAAUGACCAUCAGUACGUCGGCAAGCUGCACUCCAACAUGGACAAAGAUGACGGCACCGUCAAGUACGUCCUGACGGGAGACGGCGCCGGCACGAUCUUCCUGAUUGACGAAAAGUCGGGAGACAUCCACGCCACCAAGCGGCUCGACCGUGAGGAGAGAUCCAUGUACACGCUCCACGCCAAAGUCCUGGAUCGCACCACCAACGAAGAGUUGGAGCCCGACACCGAGUUCAAUAUCAAGAUCCACGAUAUCAAUGACAACGCGCCCAAGUUUGAGCGGGACAUCUACUUUGCCAGCGUUCCGGAGAUGUCCGAAGUCGGUACGUCCGUGGCCACCGUGACGGCGACGGACGCCGACGACCAAACCUACGGCAACAGUGCCAAGCUGGUCUACAGCAUUCUGCAGGGACAGCCUUACUUCUCGGUGGAUUCUGAGAACGGCACCAUUAAGACGGCACUACCCGGCAUGGACCGAGAGGUCAAGGAGAAUUACCAGGUGGUGAUCCAGGCUAAGGACAUGGCCGGACAGAUGGGGGGUCUCUCGGGGACCACCACGGUCAGCAUUACCCUCUCCGACGUCAAUGACAGUCCGCCUCGCUUCGCCAACCACUCCUUCCGCAUCACCGCCACGGAAUCCGCCGAGAUCGGCGGCGCCGUCGGCCGCAUCAAAGCCGACGACUCCGACGUGGGCCGCAACGCUGAGAUGGAGUACAGCAUAGUGGGAAGCCACGACAACUUCAACGUCGUCACCGACAAGGCCACCCAAGAGGGCGUCAUCAUCAUCAAAGAGGCGCUUGAUUACGAAAGCAAGCGAGACUACGAGUUUCGGGUGGAGGUGAGGAACACGUACCUGGACGCCAGGUACAUCCAGGGUCUGGAGUUCAAGGAUUUCGCCACCGUCAAGGUCACGGUGGAGGAUGUGGACGAGCCCCCCGUUUUCACCCGUAACCCUUACAUCAUCGAGGUGCACGAGGACACGGCAGCCGGCAGUUUUGUGGGCGUGGUGUCUGCCCGGGACCCUGACGCCGAAUACAACAUGGUCAAAUACUCCAUCGAUCGUCACACCGACCUCGAGAUGCUCUUCAACAUCGAUUCGUCAAACGGCACCAUUACAACCCGGAAAGCUUUGGACAGAGAAAUGUCCAAAUGGCACAACAUCUCCGUGAUGGCUGCGGAAAUUAGUACGUCUCUUCACUUUUGCUCUGUGUUUUGUACUACGAACGAAGAAACCCUGACGUUGGCGAUCGCUUUGUUGAUAGACAACCCAAGGCAGGUUGCCCGCGUGCCGGUUUUCAUCAAAGUGUUGGAUGUGAACGACAACGCCCCCGAGUUUGCCAUGGCCUACGACACGUUUGUCUGCGAGAACGUCAACGCGGGACAGUUGAUUCAGACCAUCAGUGCUGUGGAUACAGACGAGCCUCUCAUCGGACACAAGUUUGCCUUCAGCAUAAAGGCAGACAAUCCCAACUUCACCAUAAGUGAUCAGGAUGAUAACACCGCCAAUAUCCUGACCCGGCGGGGAGGCUUCAGCCGGCGCGAGAUGAGCGUCUAUUUUCUGCCCGUGGUCAUCUCGGACAACGACUACCCCAUCCAGAGCAGCACCAGCACGCUGAUCGUGCGCGUUUGCGCCUGCGACAGCCGCGGCAACAUGCAGUCGUGCAACCCCGAGGUGCUGCCUUUCUCCGAUGGGCUCACCACCGGCGCCCUGGUGGCCAUAUUGCUCUGCGUCAUCAUUCUGCUCAUGAUUGUGGUUCUCUUCGCGGCCCUAAAGAGGCAAAGGAAGAAAGAGCCGUUGAUCAUCUCCAAAGAUGACGUCCGGGACAACGUGGUGAGCUACAACGACGAGGGCGGCGGCGAGGAGGACACGCAGGCUUUCGACAUCGGGACGCUACGCAACCCCGAGGUGAUGGAUGCUAACAAGUUACGCCGAGACAUCAUCCCCGAAAUGUUGUUUUCCUUUCGGAGGACAUCACCCAUAAAGGAUAACACGGACGUCAGAGACUUCAUUAACGGGAGGCUUCAGGAGAACGAUUCCGACCCCACCGCGCCCCCUUAUGACUCGCUGGCCACGUACGCUUACGAAGGUAGCGGCUCGCUGGCGGAAUCGCUCAGUUCGCUGGAGUCGGCCACCACCGAGGGGGACCAGGACUACGAUUACCUCAGCAGCUGGGGACCGCAGUUCAAGAAAUUGGCAGAAAUGUACAUCGGGAGAAGCCCAGAUCGACAGACCUAGAACGGCGCCCGACGCUACCGCUUUGUUUGCUAGCAAAGCCAGCCAGACACACUCUCCGUCCUGCUAGUCCGCGAAGCUAGCAAGUCUACCGUCAGCCUACCUAUGUAUCAAGCUAAUUAUCUGUUCAUGUCCAAUAUGCGCUAGCUAGUGCGCUAGUUCGCUAGUUGUCUGUUUUGACUCUCACACGUGCACGUGCUUGCACACACGUGCGUUGAAGGCCAACGGGGAUUAGAACGUGACUGUGACGGUCCAGUUCUCCCAAGUUGUACUGUUUUCGGUCAUAAUAAGUAAAAAUGCCUUUUGACCUUUAGGACUAUUUCUUUUAAUUGUUUUUUUUUGUUUUUGUUUUUUUUUUGUAGGUGAACAUGGUGUGGAAACGUGUUUUGUAACCGAGCAGAACGAUAGCAGUAUUGUAUACUCUCAAUGUUUAAUGGCAACGGAUUGUGUUUGGGGAGCCCAGUCGUUCCAAGGCAAACUGUACAUGUACAAAAGUGUUUUUAAAACAUUCUAUAUAAUCUUUGCUAUUAUUUGUCUGACGAGCAAUGUCCAUGUGAACGGUUGGUGCGGUUCAUUUGUCAAACUGAAGUCAUUUCAUUCUGUAGGCGUAACAUGUAACCUGAAAGUGUAAAGUUGUAGGAAAACACUGGAUUCAUGCUGCUUGAGGGCCGAGUCGUAUUGUUUUAUAUUUAUAUUUUUCUACUUAUUUUUAUAAUAAAAUGACGAGGG